AUGUUCAUCGACGACCAUAAUGCGUCCGGAAAAACGUUUCCGGAUUUGUUUAACUUUUUGCAUUACUAUUACUUUCCCAGAUUAGCAUUUAUACCCUCUGGUCUCAACCCUGAAAAGACUAUUUUAUUCUCAGAGAACGUUGCAGCGCUUGGAUUCGAGUUAUCCCAAGACGGGUUAAAGGCAAAUGAAGAGAGAGAAUUCAAGGAGCACCUGGCGAAAAACCAUAACACACCGUUUGCGAGGAACCAGCGUAGCUGCACAAAAGCAUCAAGAGACAAGAUCAGAGCCAUUCUACAACAAAAGAAAGGAUCGCUGAGAGCCUACGCCCCUGGCGGCUGGGCUCUCAGAGUUCAACAAUGCCAAGAGAAGCACGAACCAUCUUACGAUGGCCCUUGGGCUGCCAUCAGUUAUCAAGAAUCUACCACACUAAAGACCGCUGUGAGUCGGUUUGUGGAUGGAUUGAAAGAAUACGACCUGAGACAGGAAAGUUUGACAAACCAUGCUAGGUCUGCUGAGUCCUUGUGGAAAUAUUGGGAGGCUGUUCAAGAUAGCCAACGAGUUUUGGAUGACAGAGCUCAAGCGGCAAAGGAAGAGUCCGAACGAACCCAGUUCGAGACCAUUCCAGAGUCGCAGCAGAGCCGCAGCAGCACAGGCCAUCUGCAGAGCCUCAAAGCAGCAGCUUCCGAAUCAGAGUCUGACUUAUCCAUAUACAUCACAGCUUCCAAGCGUAACCGUAGUUCAAGCCCUGAUGGCAACGGCGAGAAACCCUCAACCCCGUUGACGAAUAUCUGUCCCGGCUUUGGUCGCCGCCUCAACCAGGGGCCGGUACCGACUGGUGCGGGUAUGGGUCUGGACGCUGAGGAUAUACGAGUUGACGAAGCAGACGAACGAGAUCCUGGCAGACUAGUUGACGCAGCUCGUCCUUACGACAAAGGACAAGGACGGCCCAUGCCUGGAUCCGUGGGCUGA